AUGUCCACGUACGCCGUGCCAGCUACUCCUCUCCUAGAUGAAGAGGAGCUUCAAAAGUACAUCGAUGAUCGCCGUGUAACGAGCUACCAGCCUCUCCUGCAGCCGGCUCUACUCAAGCACGAGAUCGUUUCCACCCCCGAGUCGCAGGCUACUGUGGCUCGUGGCAGACGUGGUGCUGCGGGGAUUAUAUCUGGUUUCGAUGACCGCGUACUCGUGAUAGUCGGUCCUUGUAGUAUUCAUGACACAAAACAAGCACUCGAAUAUGCGGCAUUACUCAAAGCAAAAAUUCCCGAGUGGGACGCUUUGCAUAUUAUCAUGCGGACGUACUUAACAACCGUGGGGUGGAAGGGUCUUAUCAAUGAUCCGGAUAUCGACGGAUCCUUCAAAAUCAACAAGGGUCUCCGAAUGGCACGCCAACUGCUCUGUGACAUCACGCAUAUGGGUGUGCCCGUCGCAGUGGAACUUUUGGACACCAUUUCGCCCCAGUAUGUUUCGGAUCUUCUCAGUUGGGGUGCAAUAGGGGCUAGGACCACCGAAUCGCAGCUACAUCGUGAAUUGGCCAGCGGCGUAUCCUUCCCAGUCGGAUUUAAAAAUGGAACCGACGGCUCUGUGACAAUUGCAGUCGACGCCAUGCGUUCCUCAUCAAACCCCCACGCCUUCAUGGGCGUCACUGACCAAGGUCUGGCUGCAAUUGUGACCACAAGCGGUAACAAGGAUGUCCAUAUCAUUCUUCGAGGCGCAAACAAGGGCCCGAACUAUUCCAAAGAGUUUGUGGAACCAGCAGUCACUGCAUGUCUCAAAGCGAGGCCGGAUAGGCAUCCAGCCAUCAUGAUAGAUUGUAGCCACGGAAAUUCGUCAAAGAAUCAUAACAAUCAGCCUAUUGUACUGAAGGAUAUCGCAAAUCAAAUCAGAGAAGGUCAAGCUGCAAUAGUAGGUGUUAUGAUUGAAUCGCACCUUCACGCGGGUCGGCAAGAUAUUCCUGCAGAAGGACCACAGGCCCUAAAAUAUGGUGUGUCCAUAACGGACGCCUGCGUUGAUUGGACAACCACGAUUCCAAUGCUCGACGAACUGAAUGAGAACUGA